AUGAAUACACAUCAAAUGCUGAUAUUUGCCGCAUUUACAUUUAUUUCUGCGACAAGUGUAUUACCGUGGAAUUUAUUUAUAAAUGCAUAUGAAUAUUAUCAGUACAAGCUGCGUAAUGUUACCGAGAAUAUAACUCUAAUUGAAGAAAAAGAUGGUACCGAAUUACAGCGUACUUACGAGGGAUGGGUUACACUUACAGGUGGUGUUUCAUGCGCUUUUGGUUCAGGAAUAAAUUUUUUGGCGACAGGGCGCAAGGAAGCCCUUGUUAUAUUUUCUAUCAAAAAAAUUAUCCUAAAAUUUCUUUUCAUAUUGGGACAUUCAUUACGAAUUCGAGCAGGUCAUAUGGUGGUACUAUUGGCACUUGUUCCAACGAUUUUAUUAACAUAUAUCGAUACUGAUGCAUUCCAGUUAGCUUUUUUCUGUAUUUCGAUGUUGCUCGCUUCAUUAGCAAGUUUUGGUUCGGUUGGUUUGAUUGCUUGCGGUCUUUUGGGAUUUUCAGCGAAGUUUCCAUCUAAAAAUGUACAAGCAGUAAUGAUUGGUCAGUCGGUGGCUGGGAUCUUAAGUUCUCUAUUGAACAUUGUUUGCCAAACUUUUACAGCUAAUGCUCUUAUGAGUGGUCGUUUAUUGUUUGCAGUUGCCUUUAUUUGGACUAUUUUUAGUGUCUUUUUUUAUGAGUUAUUGAUUCGGUCGAACGAAACUGAAUCGUAUAACGGAAUUAACCAGCUAUCUGAUCAACGGCUUCUUGAUAGUGUUGACGACACUUUCGAAGCGGAUGAACCUCCGCUUCAUUUAUGUUCAGCGGAAACUCAUUCGUUAUGGAAUGAUGCAAAAGAAGUGUGGAAAAAAACUGAGGUGGAGUGGUGGGCUGGUUUUAUUGUUUUUUUCGGUACUAUGACAGCUUUUCCAGCUAUAUCAUCGUUAGUUCAAACAAGUGCGAGAAAUUUAGUCUGGAAAAAGGUGACAAAUAUCAAUGGGAUACUGUUUUGUGUAGAAAAUGAUGAACUUGUGGAUGCUGAUUGUUACUGA